AUGGGUGUCAUCGAAUGUGCAAAGCAUGAUCUUGUCAAACCAUAUCCAGUUUAUCCAGAAAAAGAAGGAAUAUUCGUUGCCGAAUUCAAAUUCACUGGAUUAUUGAUGCCAAGUGAACAAAUGAAGAUCACCGGGUUACCAAUUGAUCUAGAUCUGUACGAAUCCGAGUACCAAAUCACCGAUAGUGACAUCAAACAGCUGUUGACAAGUUCAACACAAAAGAAGAAGAACAAGAAGAAGAAGAAGAAAGGCACUGGCAAUUCAGGAAUGGGUGAAAGCAACAUUGAAACAAUGGAUGCACUCGAAGAUGAUGGCGAUGAAGAUUUCGAAGAUGAAUCUGAACAACCGGUGAAGAAAACUACAAGCCAGAAAGCUAAACCAGCGAAAAGCGAAUCUUAA